AACCGAAAUGAAACUGUUCGUAUUCCUGGCCUUGGCCGUGGCCGCAGCUUCGGCUAUUCCCGCCCCCGCUUCUCCUUCCGCCGAGGGAAAGCUGACCCCAGUGCCCGUUAAGGACAUCCAGGGUCGCAUUACCAACGGCUACCCCGCCUACGAGGGCAAGGUGCCAUACAUCGUCGGCCUGCUCUUCAGCGGCAACGGUGGUAACUGGUGGUGCGGUGGCUCGAUCAUUGGCAACACCUGGGUCCUGACCGCUGCUCACUGCACCAACAACGCCGAUGGCGUGACCAUCAACUACGGCGCCAGCAUCCGCACCCAGCCCCAGUACACCCACUGGGUUGGCCGUGGCGACAUCAUCCAGCACCACCACUACAACAGCGGCAACCUCCACAACGACAUCUCCCUGAUCCGCACCCCCCACGUCGACUUCUGGCACCUGGUGAACAAGGUGGAGCUGCCCAGCUACAACGACCGCUACAACGGCUACGCCGGCUACUGGGCCGUGGCUUCCGGAUGGGGCGGCACCUAUGACGGCAGCCCACUGCCCGACUGGCUCCAGAGCGUUGACGUUCAGAUCAUGUCCCACGACGAGUGCAGCCGCUUCUGGUCUCUCCACGACAACAUGAUCUGCAUCAACACCUCCGGCGGCAAGUCCACCUGCGGCGGUGACUCCGGCGGCCCUCUGGUCACACACGACGGCAACCGUCUCGUGGGUGUCACCUCCUUCGGCUCUGGUGCUGGCUGCAUGGCCGGACACCCUGCUGUCUUCAGCCGUGUCACUGGCUACUUGGACUGGAUCCGCGACAACACCGGAAUUUCUUACUAAGCGUUUUUAUAAUUCCAUAUUUUAAUUGGUUUUUUAAAUAAAGAAUAAC